UGGAUGUCAGUUAUGAUGACGGUCAGACGGCCACCGCGGGACAUGCCGGGACUUGUAGUCCAGCCUUCCAUUUUCCCCCAUUCGCUCCCGGCUCCGCUCUGCCACCGGGAAACUACAGCCGCCCGGCUGACUCGGCAGGCGGCCGGUUUGAGAGCGACAAAGGAGGCGGCGGUCGGGGACGGUGAUCGAAGGCAGGAUGCCGGCGAGGCGGAGGACGCGACAGUCAUGAGCGUAGUGCCAGGCUGCGAGCCCAUGAGCAAAAGACUGAGGCUGGAAGUUGCCCCCCAGCAGCUUUCCCCUUCCAGCAUCUGUCGACCAGAGGAGAGAAGCACUGGCUUGCUAUUUCGUAAGAAAGGUCAAAGGCAAAAGUGGGAGGAUUUAGCAGCAGGCAAAUGUAAUAGUUUAAAGAUGGACCAUGCCAGCCCUGAACAAAUGCUGCAAGUCAAAGGUGGAAAAUUGGAAGGAACCUCUAAAGGUGGAAAUGUGGACCUACCAACAGUCCAACAUAUACAGCAAAGCAGUUCCGUUGAUAUUUCAGAAAAUGAAUCCAAAUACAGUAUAUCACCAGGGUGCAGUGUGCUGGAAGAGAAAACCAGGAAUCAGAAAGUGAAAAAUUCCAUCAGUUCAGAGGGUGAAAAAUUUAAAUGGACAACUAGAAGUGUGGGCAGAUGCACCUCUGAGAGUGAUACAGAUUACCAAAAAGCACCAAGUACCAAAGUUGAAAGCUCUAGUGCUGGAGAGAAUAGUAAGAGCAUAACCCCGGACAAAAAAAAGUGCAAGACACUUGAGGAAUGGAUAAUAAAACCUUCAUGUGCAAAAGUAACAAAAAAUACCACAGCCAUUCGACCUGGUGAGGUAACAACUCUUAAAGAGGAACAUCAUAUCGUUGACCUUAAGGUCACAAAGUCAUUUGAAAAUCCCGUUGACGACAUGUAUGUUGUUCCAGAAAGUCCGAUCUCUGAUUCUAGCUGUGAACAGGAGAUACCAGGCACAAGUGGAACUGGAAAGCAAGAUGCUGGAGAGAGAGACACAAGGAUAUAUCUUUCUGUUAAGAAAGAGACUGAGUCUGUCUUGCCUAUGCAAGUAGAUACUUCAGGUAAUAGUUUCUAUGAAUCAGAAACUGAACUUAAUUGUUUAUCAGCCAAAGUUUCAAAAGAUUUGGAUGACAAUUCACUUACCCAGAAGGUUCACUGUUUUGAUACUCAUUCUGGUAAUAAAAACAUUGAAGAAAUGAUGGAAGUGGAUAAAGGCGUAAAUUACCAAUGUGAAGAUCCAUUCGUAAAGGCACAACCAAAGGGAUUUUGUGGUUUAAAGGAUAGAACACAAGAAGUAUUGAAGCCAGAGCAAAAAACAAACCUAUCAACUGGUUCAUCUUCACAGGUGGGAAAUUGGAAGGGACCCCAAAAGGCAUUGAGAAAAAUCACGGAUCAUUUUGAGUACCUGGACAGGAAGUCAAACAAGUUGAACAGAAGAGGACAUUCUACCGUGGAAGGAAAAAGAACUUACCAAGGGAGAUACUCCGUGGAUAUCACAUGGCUUGGAACUCCAAUCGUUGAGAUGCGUCGAAUGCCAGAAUGCAGCAGUGCUUUGCCACCUUUAAGAGCAUCUAGCAAUCACUCAGUGACUAUCCGAACAGACCUUUUGAAAAGCGGUGAAGUCCCUCGACCCUAUCCCACAUAUUUUAAUGAUGCCUGGGAUGACAAGCAUGUGAGAAUGCCCUGCUCUGUUCAAAAUCUUUUUCCUGUUGAAAAUGAGGCCAGCUUUUUGCCAGGCAAGCAUUUACUGCCUAUCCCUAAUUAUCUAGAGGGCAAUAAAGAGGCAACCAAAUUGCUCCGAGUUGCAUGUAGGCCAAACCAGGAUGGAAGCAAGAACGUGAGUAGUCGAUGGGAGUUAAUUCGAACAGCGCUGCUGAGAAAGUUUACUAACUCAGAGGAUGUGAAGGAUGCAAUACUGAAGUAUAAUGCAGGAUAUGCCAAGAAAUGGGACUUCAGUACCCUGAAUUACCUUUGUAAUGAGGAUUUAAAUGACGUUGAAACACAGCACCUUCUUCAGUUCCUUCUACCUGAAAUGGCUGAAUUGGCUCUACAAUUGCCAAGUCUUUGUACCAAGCCAAUACCACUACUUAAACAGAAGAUGAAUCACUCCAUCACAAUGUCACAAGAACAAAUAGCUUGCCUUCUGGCCAAUGCCUUCUUUUGCACAUUUCCUCGACGCAAUAACAAAGGCAAACAUGAAUAUUCUAACUUCCCGGACAUAAACUUUAAGAAAUUGUUUGAAGGAUCUUCACACAAGAAAGCUGAAAAGCUUAAAACUCUUUUUUGUUAUUUCAGAAAAGUCACAGAAGAAAAACCCACUGGCUUAGUAACAUUUCAGCGACAGUGUCUACAUGACUUCCCUGAAUGGGAAAGGUCCACAGAGAAGCUGACCAAACUGCACAUUACGUGUGAAGGAACAAUUGAAGACAAUGGCCGUGGCAUGCUUCAGGUUGACUUUGCAAACAAAAGUGUUGGAGGUGGUGUCACACGUGCUGGCCUUGUCCAGGAAGAAAUCCGUUUUUUGAUAAACCCUGAACUCAUUGUUUCACGGCUAUUUACAGAGGCUCUGGAUGACAAUGAGUGUCUCAUCGUUACAGGUACCGAGCAAUACUCUGUCUACAAAGGCUACGCAGAUACGUACAAAUGGGCGGGGCACUACAAUGACAAGACUCCAAGAGAUACUUGGCAGAGGUGCAACACAGAAAUUGUAGCUAUCGAUGCAUUACCUUUCAGAUGUUACUUUGAUCAAUUUUCUCCAUGCAAUUUAAAACGAGAAAUUAAUAAGGCUUACUGUGGUUUUGUGCGACCAGGCAUAGAUCCCAAGAAUCUUUCAGCUGUGGCCACAGGGAACUGGGGAUGUGGAGCUUUCGGUGGUGAUGCCACGUUAAAAUCCUUAUUGCAAAUGAUGGCAGCGGCAGAAGCAGGACGAGAUGUGGUUUAUUUCACCUUCGGAGACCGAGAAUUAAUGAUGGAGAUAUAUGAGAUGCACAAAUUCCUAAUUGAAAAAGAGCAAACUGUUGGGCAAAUCUACAAGCUUUUGGAGCGAUAUUACAGCAAAGUGUGCCGAUCCUAUUCCUUUUCAAAACCACACAUUAAACUCUACAACUUCAUUUAUGAUUCUGUAACUUUAUACACAGAUUCAACAGAUGAGGAUGGUGAAUAAUGGCUUUUCAAGCUCCUUUUAAAGACUUCCUUUGAAGUCAUGAGGCAGCUGAGCUUUUUAGUUCAACACGAGAAUUAUGCUUGCAAAAGAUCCUGAGCUGAUAGGCCCAUACUUCAGUAAAUUCAUCCCAAAGCAUUGUCCAUUAUUCAGAAGAAUUAUUUCUGAAAUAUUUUUGUUAGCAGUGUUUGCUAGUGCUAGAAAUCAAGCCUAAAGUGGUGCAAAGUGAAAUUUCAGGUAUAAAAAUCAUUUUGGACAAAUGACUGACGGAUGAAAUAUAUAUCCACUCCAUAUAUAAUACAUAUCCUCUUCAUACUUUAUGCAAUUAUAAUAGAAGGACAGUUGCCAAUAUAAAUCUGUCUUUCUUGAGUGUAAUUAUUGCAAUUAUUCAGAAGAAUUAAACCAAUGUUAUUUUCUGUUUUUUGAGUAAUCUCUGUUUAACAGAUUCCAAUCAAAGUUGAAAUCCCAGCAUGCUCUGAGCAUGGUUUUAUUAAUGCGUUUAUCAAUGAAAAUUAAAGACAUUUAAAUUAGAGAAACAGAAAAAAUUUAGGUUAUGACAGAAGGGGAAACGAUUAUGUUUUUUCUCAUUUUGUUUUUAAAAUUAAUUAAGGACUUGAAAUAAUUUCAUUUCAGACUGUGGUACUUGAUACCUACAAAAAUUAAGGAGCUGUAGCUGUUGGCUGAGUGGUUCCUAUAAGUAAUAUAUCUGGGGAGAAUUCUCUGCCAAUAUGUAAAGGUUUUUUUCGACUGUCUUAAUAAAGGAUUGGUGUUGAGUACA